GGUUAAAAUGUAUUAAACUAAUUGCUGCAGUCUCUAAAUAUAAAUAUAAAUUCAAAAGCACGUUUGUGGAAAUAAACUAUUUACAUUUAUAUUAAUUUUUGCACUUACGGUUUUGAUUUAGUAAUGUUAAUAACUUUAUUAAAUAAGUAAUGAUAUUUAAGUUAGAUUUGUUAGUACAAUGAUACCCGAUGGCUGCAGCGAUUAACCAACAUUUAAAUUACGACUUUUGCCAUUUUUUGUAUAGUCGUUUUUUACCUGUCAAUUUUUUUCUAGGUUACCAUAUUUUCAAGAAAGUAUCUAUUGCUGAAAAUUUUUCGGUUAUAAUGAUAUGUUAUAUUUCUAAAUAAAAAAAAUAAAAAAAAAGGUAUAUCUAGUUUAUUAUUAUCACAAAUGUACUAGGUACAGUUAAACUUCAAAUAUCCUCCAUUUUAUUUAUUAAUUAUAAUUUAUUAUUUAUUUAUUUACUUGUAUAUUUUUAACAUUAAGUUAUAGGGGGGCAAUGGAGGGGCAAAAUCAAAUUUUGGGGAGGGCGCAUUUUCCCACCUUGGCCCCCGCGUGUAACGCCGUCACUGCAUAUUAUAGCCUAUGGGGCUAUGAGUAUAUAUAACAAGGUAUCUGUAUAAUUAUUAAGUGACUAUAAUAGGCACAUAAUAAGUCGUGAUGACUAUUAUUGAUAAUUUAUCAAUGAUAAACUAAUAUACAUACCUAUUAUAAACAAUAAUACAGUUCAACAAAAAGUUUAUAAUAGCCAAUAGGUAUUGUAUGCAUUUUACGAAUUUUUUUAAGGUUAUUAUUGCUUUACGAUUUUUUGCUGCUGGAAGUUACCAGAUGGAUGUUGGUGAAAAUCGACAUGCAUCUGUGUCUCAACCUUCAGUCAGUAGGAUUAUUGAAGAAGUGACAAAUGCGUUUUCCAAUCCGGCCAUAUUUAAUAAAUUUGUUCAUUUUCCUAGAAAUUUCAGUGAGCUGGAUGAUGUGCGUACUAGAUUUUUUUCAAAGUAUGGCUUACAAGGAGUUGUUGGUGUUAUUGAUUGUACACAUAUUGCUAUAACUCCACCAAAGAAAAAUGAUGAGUUAUAUCCCGAACACAUCUACGUCAAUCGUAAAGGAUAUCAUUCAAUUAAUACUCAACUCAUAUGUGAUGUCAAUUUACGUAUUUUAAAUGUGUCAGCCCGAUGGCCAGGGUCUACCCAUGAUUCCCACAUAUGGAAUGAAAGUCACGUUAAGACAUUUAUGACAAGCUUGCAUGAUCGAGGUUUUACUUCAUACUUUUUGUUAGGAGACUCUGGGUAUGCUUUGCGGCCAUGGUUGUUAACGCCGUUUUUAAACGUCGAAGCUAAUACACCGGAAUACCGGUUCAAUGAAGUUUUUUGUCGUGCGAGAUCUACUAUCGAACGCUGUAAUGGAGUUUUAAAAAUGCGUUUUCGCUGUCUUCUCAAAGAUCGAACACUGCAUUAUUCACCCAACAAGGCUUCAAAAAUAGUGUUGGCAUGUGUUGUGUUACACAAUUUGUGUAUUGAAGAAAAUGUACCUUUAAUUAAUGAAGAAGUUGAGGAUGAUGAUUUUGGAAUUUACCAAGCUGUUGACAAUGAAGAAAUGUCACAAAGUAGGCAAAACCCGGAACUUGUGGCCGGCCUUCGUUUCCGUCAAAACAUUGUUAACAGACUUUUUACAAACUAAAAUAACAUGUGCUUGAGUAAUCUCUAUUCUAUUUCUAUAUUCAUUCUGGUCACCAUUGUACCAACGUUGGCCACCCUGACGUGUAAGCAGUAACCGGCCGAUACACUAUACAGUUCUUCCCCUGCACCACAUCGCCACAAGGCACAAUAUUAAUGAUCCGUCUACAUAGCUCUGCUGCAGCAGUGUAGCCGCUAGUCAGCAGUAUAAUUGAUUCUGUGCCCUGUGGCGUACAACGUUCGUCCGUUCCACCGUUUGGCUGAUGAAUUGUCCAUGACCACGUGUUGCGAGACUGCGAUAUAAUACGUGUCUUUGUUGUGUAGUGUAGUGUUUGUGUAUUAACUACUAUUAAGACGUAAUUUCCCGGUCAAGUGUCAUCGGUUCGAACUGGCAUUAUGGCUGUUUUUAGUUGGUACUUCAUACUCUCAUAAAUGUGUGAUCAGUAAAUCAGUUGCUCUAUUGUUACAUCAAUGUCUGGCGUCUGCUCUAUAACACAGAAACACAUCGUGUCAUUUAUUACAUUAUAUGGAAAUUGUGGAAUUCUUGAAUUGGAGAGCCGCCUCGUGAUAUACCAAUGUUUGCCGUUUGGAUAGUUAAAUCCUCGCGGUUUGUCCACGGAUUACUGUGCUACUUAAAUCUUCAUCAAUGAAUGGUAUUGCAGUAUUUACAACCUAACAAAAUUGUGAAGUAAAAAUUUGAUUAUGCAAGCUUGUCAUGACUGUUUUCAUGUUACUUUCAUUCCAAAUGUGAAAA